AUGUGGUGCGACAAUUGCCUCCUCAUCUUCCCGCUCAAGCACGGCGCUAUCGCCUGGGACGUCUUGAUCGCGGUCUACAACCUGGCCGGCUCCAUCAUCCUCUUCCAGUACGGACAGUUCCUCUUCUUCAACUACCCCGAGUGGCAGAUCUACGGAGGCAUCGGCAUGGCCGUCAUGGCCAUCUGCGUCAUCAACAUCAUCGGCCUCAGCAACUCGUCGUACAUGUUCACCCGACUCUGCUUCUUCCUCUGGCCUUUCAUCCUCAUCGUCGUCGCCGUCCGCGCCGGCCUCAUGAUCUUCCAGCUGGACCGGCAGCAGUCCAAGAUCAUCUGGGAGUGCAACAACGGCGGCCAGGCGUGGGGCACGCCCCAGGAGGGCACCACCAGCACCGCCACCAUGCCCUCGGGUUUCUGCUCGGCCGGCUUCCACAGCCUCUACAUCGCCUUUGUCCUCUCCCUCCUCGUCGACUUUGGGCUACAGGUCUACGCCUACUUCCUCUGCUGGCGCUUCAUGAAGCGCAUCGAGCACUACUACGCCGUCGCCACCAGCGACAAGCACCUCUACCACCUCUAG